AUGUGUUCUCAGGUCUGCCAGAACUUCCAUGUGGACUGUGAAAUUGCUAUUGGCCAAGUGGUGACCAUGGAACUCCAUGCUAGCUACAUCUAUCUGUCUAUGGCCUGUCACUUUGAGCGGUAUGAUAUGGCCCUGGGCCACUUUGCUAAGUUCUUCAAGAAGCAGUCCCAUGAGGAGAGGGACCAUGCAGAGAAGUUCCUGAAAUACCUGAACAAACGAGGAGGCCACAUCCUUCUGCAGGAGGUUAAGAAACCAGUGGUGAAUGAGUGGCAGAAUGGCCUGGAGGUCCUGGAGGCUGCCUUGAAGCUAGAGAAGAAAGUGAACCAGGGCUUGUUGGCCUUGCACAGAUUGGCCUCAGAGAGGAGUGAUCCUCACCUAUGUGACUUCCUGGAGCGGGAAUACCUAGACCAGCAAGUGAAGACCAUAAAGCUUCUGGGAAACCACAUCACCAACCUGAAGCAGCUGGGAACUCCUAAGAGUGGCCUCGGAGGGUACCUUUUUGACAAGCUCACCCUGGGGGAGAACAACUGAGUGCCCCGAUCUCAGAGGAAGGGAGGGGCUGUGUGCUAUUGGGGGAGUCUCGGGAGGCUAGUUCUUCUAGACUAGGGAUUUAUUGU